UCUGCCUUUCUUUCUUUUUGUUAAGCAAGGAAAUGACAUGACGAGCAUGAGCAUCACAACAACAAACCACAUUGGGCAUUUGGCUGGCUUCUGGCUAGAAGGCAAAAGGACAAUCCUAUCAACAGGCCCGCAACGAGCAUACGCGCUCCGCGCGAUAGGUCAUAUGAUGAUACCACAAACCCCGCCGCCGGGGGAUUUCAAAAUUGGAGAGUGUGUGUUGUACUUACCACCACACUCGCGAGCCUGGCAACGAGCACACGCGCUCCGCGCUCCGAGGCAAAUGAACCGCCAUCAAUUGUUUCUCAAAAAAGAUGCGCCAUGGGAUGGAACCUGAUUGUGUUCAGUAGGAGGGGGAUAGGAGGAUAGCAAUGGAAUAU